AUGGCUCCCUUUAGGGUGAUUAUCAUUGGUGGCAGUGUCAGCGGUCUAACAUUGGCCAAUGCGCUCGAGCAAUACGGUAUCGACUUUGUCGUGUUAGAAAAAUAUGAAAUUGCGCCUGAUAUUGGGGCUGGACUCGCUAUCUGGCCUCAUGGCGCGCGGAUACUGGAUCAACUUGGGUGCCAUGAUGCAAUUGUGAAAUUCAACGAGCCAGUCAAUACGAUCACAACCUAUGAUGUGAAUGGGAAUCAUCGAGGAGAAUUCCCUGAAGCAGGAGCUUGGUUUGAGGAGAUCUUUCGAUACAAGAUGCGCUUCAUGGAGAGGCGGCAGACUGUGCAGGCUAUUUAUGACAACCUUCGCGACAAGACAAAAGUUCAUGCUUACAGUGCGGUUGUCAAGAUUGAAUGCCGCUCAGAUGGUGUCUCUGUUGAAACAGAUGACGGAUCUGUUUUCCACGGAGAUAUCAUUGUCGGAGCAGAUGGAGUCCGAAGCUCUAUUCGAAAUGAGAUGCAGCGUCUCGCAUCAGACGAAACACCUGGCAGAAUUCUAUUCCCGACCAAGGAAUCUUUUCAUCAUACCUACCGUGGGCUAUUCGGCACAUCGCGCAUGCCCAAGGGUAUGAUGAGACAAGACGAAGCCUCCAGAUCAUUUGGCUCAGAUCGCAGCUAUCUUGCAGCAGGAGGACCUGAUGGUAUUCUGUAUUGGAUCAUUUUUGCGAAGAAUGAUGAACCAGCCCAGGGAACAUCUUUCCCUCACUUCACUGAGGCAGAGGCUCAAGAACUUAUCGCCAGGUAUGCGGAUGAUUUCAUCAGGCCAGGCGUCAGGUUUGGCGAUGUUAUCAAGCAUCAAAUCAAGUCUUCCCUGGUCCCCAUCGAGGAAGGUGUUUUGAAAACAUGCUUCUAUCGACGUAUGGUCUUACUCGGUGAUUCCUGGCACAAGAGCAAUCCAGUGACCGGGCUCAAUGGAAAUAGUUGCAUCAAUUCCGCUGCCACACUUGCUGAUGAGCUUGAAUGCUUCGCGAGGCGUGAACCAAGUCCUGAUGAAGCCAGAAUCGAAAAGGCUUUUCUCGCGUAUCAACAGUCUCGAGAACAGCAAGCUCGAGUUGCAGCAAACCUUUCUCAUGCGAUGCAAAAAGCUGAUGCUAUGGCAACCCCACUACACAAGAUCUUCCAGUUAUACCUGCUCCCAAAGAUUCCAAUGGAGGUAUUUGUGAGUAGAGUGGCCUAUCUUAUGAGUUUGGGCGUUCGGAUGAAGCAUCUUCCUAUUCCCUCAAAACCAGGUAUGCACCUUUACGACGAUGAAGUCAAAUUGAAGCCCAAAUCUCGGUCGCGAUUGGCCAGUAUGGCCUGGAUUUCGCUGCUUGUGUUUGCGACAGUGUGGCUCUAUCCUCUCCAAAAACUUGAGUUCGACCGUGUUCAUCUGCAUGGCGAGCAUACGCGUGAGAGUUACUUCUUCAUGUCGAUAAAUCUGGAACAAGAACAAAUGUAUCAGCUCCUCGAUCAAUUGAGAAUAUCAGUGGUUAUGCUGAUUAUGUGCAUCGAAUCUUACCGACGGUUCUUCUUUAUGAGUAUACUCGGCAGGUACGUGUUUCGGUUUUCCGUUCAUUCGCAACCUGGCAACUAA